AAACACCUCCCUCCAUGCGCUCUCUCGCUCUCUCUUUCGCUAACACACACAUAGGCACCCACUCACCAUGGGCUUCUUCGACCUAAACAUCCCCUACUACGAAUCCGACAGACACAUAGCAUUCACCGACAAGUCCGCCCUCAAAACCACGCGCUUGAAGCUCACAAUCAAAGCCAUGGAGCUCGGGUACGUAGGAAUCGCUUAUAACCGUACGAUCAAGGGCGUCAUGGCCGAAACCGACCGUUGCUCCAUCUCUCCUUUUCCUCUCUCCUCUAUCCUCAAGCUCGCGCCUUCCAUCUCUUCCUCUGUGAAGUUUCACCGUGAGUUGUUAGAUGUUCCAGUUUCGACGCCGUUUCGGCAGUACACGCGACUGACGGUGGUUGUGGAGAAUUCGGCUCAGGCCUCGGCACUAAAUUCGGGGAAUCCGGUACUCAAGAGUUAUGAUAUCGUCGCGGUGAGGCCCGUAAAUCAGAUUUCGUUUGAACAAGCUUGUCAGGCUUCGGAGGUGGAUUUGAUUGCGAUUGAUUUUUCGGAGAAGUUGCCGUUUAGAUUGAAGCAGCCCAUGGUAAAAGCUGCAGUUGAGCGUGGUCUGUUUUUUGAAAUUACAUACUCCCGGCUUAUUGUGGAUGCACAAGUUAGGAGGCAGAUGAUAUCUAAUGCCAUGCUACUAGUGGAUUGGACUCGAGGAAAGAAUUUGAUUGUCUCAAGUGCUGCCCCUUCUGUAACUGAGCUUAGAGGGCCAUAUGAUGUUGCAAACUUGUCAUCUCUGCUUGGGCUCUCUAUGGAACGUGCUAAAACUGCUAUUUCCAAAAACUGUAGAUCACUUAUUACCAGUGCUUUGAGGAAAAAGCAUUACUACAAGGAGGCCAUCAGGGUGGAACCUCUAUCAUCUGGUGGAGAGAUUGAUACCAAGGAACGUGUGUUUGAUGACUGGCUGAAAUGGGAUCCUAUCUCUAGUGGUGAUGGUGAUUUGCUAUUAGAUGACAUGGAAAAGUUUUUCUGUGGUUCCAAUAAAGUAUCUAAAACUGUGAAAGCCAUUGAUUUUACUUCAGUUGUGGAUAAUUUGCCAUCACAUGGUUUGCAAAUUAAGAAUUUGAUAUCUGCAACGAAGGCGGCGUCAGUGCCACCAGAUAUUUGUAAAAACUUGUUUGCUGUCACAAAUGUGAAACCGGUAGCAAUUCGUGGUGUAUCUGAACAGCCAGAAAGACUUAAUCUCCCAAGUGAAGAGGAUCAGAAUUCAUUGAAUGAUAUUUCAAUGAAACAUCAAAUCUCUGGCUCUGUCUCUUUUUCACCAACUGGUAAUCUGAAUGGUUUCACUGAUAAUGAGAUUAUUGGAAUCCAGACUGCCACCAUUGAGGAUGAACCAAAGAUUUCAAAUGGGUUGGAUGUAUACUUUCCAUCUACUGAAGUGGGAAUGCAUGAUUUCCAAUCACAAAGUUUCAUAACUAAGUGUGAAGCACAAGUUAUGUGCACAGAUACUGCAACAGUUCACACUUUGCCGAAAGAUAUUGAAUUUGCUCCUGUAUGUGAUGAUUUGGCUACUGCAGGAAUUUCCAUUCUAUCCAUGGAUGUUAACUCCUUAGCUCUUCCGUGUGAUGAGACUAAGAGGUCUGAUAGCUUGGAUGUAGACUUAGGUGUACAAGAUGUUGUAAUGGAUGAAAGAUUAGUUAAGAAAGAUUCUAAAAGCAAAGAAGAGAUUAUUUUGGCCUCAUGUGAUGUGUCUUCGCAUGAAGAUUCAGUUGCCAUGGUUGAUGGAUUGCCAAUAGUGGGAUCUUGUGAUGACCUGAAAAAUAAGAAUGAUCAUUCAGUUACAAAUGGCGAGCCAGUGGAGGACGUAGCAAUUGAAGAGCAAACUGAAAUAGAUCAUAUUGGAAGGAAUUCUUGUAUAUUGGAUGAAUCUCUAUCGGGGAAAUUCAGAGUAAAACAAAAGAGUUGUCAUCGAGCUUUUUUAUUUCCUUUCAAGCAUUUGUUGAAUCCUGUAUCUUUCAAGAAGAAAGCUAGGAAGGUUAAAAGGAAACACAACCAUUUAAGGUAUCCCUCUUAAGUUAUUCUUAUUGAUCAUCAUAUGUAUUAUAGCUGAGGAUGCUGCCAUUCUUUCUAGUUUGUAUACCAUUUAGGUUGAUGAGUUAUAGUUCUACAUAGACUCCUGUUUGGGUUAUAAAAUUUACUUUCAACAUCAAUUUUUGUUGUAGAUGAAAAUACUUAUUUCUUGAGCUUUUGUUAAAAAAAAUUGCCG